GAUAUCAGAAAAUAAACAUUCACGAUGGGAAAACGAAGCCGCAAAACUGUUGAAGACUCAGAGGAGCAAGCAAAUACCAUGGGUCACUCGAAAAAGACCAUAUCCGUCAAUCACUCUGCCAUUGAUCCAGGUUUAGCCCUCUUAUUCGCUUCUAGUGCUGGACCAGUCAAAGCUCCACCAAAAGCACGUUAUGAAGCACCUCCGCCGCCUCGAAAACGAAAGAUCGUUGUUGAUGAACCAGAAGAGACCGACGAGGCUGAAUCUGAGGAUGAGGAAGACGAAUUGAGCAGUAUCGAUGAAGACAUUGAGGAUGCAGACAUUGGAGAUCUUUCUGAGGAAGAGGAAGAGAGAUCAGAUGAAGGACCUGCUCCAGAAACGAUUGUUGAGGCGCCUAUCUCGAAGAAGGAGCGCAAACGGAAGCGAAAAAAUGACGAAGAAGAUCUGGAGGGAAAGUAUUUGGAGAAAUUGGCCAGGGAAGAGGAAAGAGAAGAAGAACAACGACAGACAGAAAGGAAGUUGAAGCGUCAAAAAUUGCUGGCAACAGAGGAAGCUGAAGAUGCACAAAGUGGAGAAGACGCUUCUGAACCUGGCGAGCACGGCGAAGCAUCAGAGCAAGACAGUGAGGAUGGUUCGGAGGACGAAAAGCCAAUCAGAACAACACCUUCAGAUGUUCCACUCCACGAAUCCUUGAUGCCCGAUAGAGAUGCAGUUGAGCUGGAAAAAGCUACUCGAACAGUAUUCCUAGCCAACGUCUGCACGACCGCCAUAUCAUCCAAAACCGCCAAGAAAACUCUACUCACCCAUAUGGGCUCCUUCAUCCCAUCUCUUCCUGCGCCUCCGGAGGGUAAGCCUCCACACAAGGUCGAAUCGAUCCGCUUCCGCUCCACUGCGUAUGCCGGAACUGCUCUUCCCAAGAAAGCUGCCUUUGCGAAGAAAGAACUCAUGGCCGCUACGACCAAGAGCACAAAUGCAUAUGUUGUAUAUUCAACUGCUUAUGCCGCUCGGGAAGCUGUAAAGAAGCUCAAUGGUACAGUGAUCCUUGACCGCCAUCUCCGUGUAGAUGGUGUUGCUCAUCCAGCGAAGACAGAUCAUCGCCGAUGUGUCUUUGUUGGAAACCUCGGAUUUGUAGAUGAUGAGAGCAUGUUAGAUCAAGGCGGUGAGAAUGAACGCAAGCGAUCGAAGAUACCAUCAGACGUUGAAGAAGGCCUCUGGAGACAGUUCAGCAAGGCAGGAAUUGUCGAGAGUGUUCGUGUUGUGAGAGAUGAAAAGACCAGGGUUGGCAAGGGCUUUGCCUAUGUGCAAUUUGAGGACCCCAAUGCUGUGGAAGCAGCUCUACUCUUCAACGAAAAGAAAUAUCCACCCAUGCUCCCACGAGUUCUUCGCGUUGUGCGUGCAAAAGCCGUCCGUAAGACGGCACUUGCAUCAGCUUCAUCUCGCACCGAAUCCAAAAAGCCCAGAAAAGACCGAGUCUUCAACCCCAGGACAUCCUCUGAACUUUCAUCCUUGAAAGGUCGUGCUAGCAAGCUACUCGGAAAGGCAGGAGCCUCUCAAUUCAAGAAGAAGGAAGGGAGUGGUGCAAAUGGCAUGGCUAUGGGACGACGUGGUGAUGGUGUCGGAGUUGCAGGCAUUGCUAAGACUCCAGAGAGUAUUGUAUUCGAGGGCUACAGAGCUAGCGCUAAGAAUGGCAAGCCGAAAGAUCUGAAAUUCGGUAUAGGUAGCGGAAAGAAGGGCGGGAAGCCGAAGAACAGAGGCGCCAAGAGAGCAAGUGAGUGGAAGAAAAGUGGUGGGAAGAAGGUGUAGAUUAUGAGUGUGUGUGAUUGUAUGGUUGGGUAGCAGCAGGCAUUGAAGAUACCAAAAGCUGCUUACUGAAAACAUGAUUGUCUGUCCUGCAAUUUGUACUUCUCCUCUUGACAAUGUUCCACUUUGGGAAUAGUACUUUGGACGGAAUACAGCAAGUGGGAGACUAAGUUGCAUACAGACAUUGAGCAAAUUGCAGGAGCAUGGAAAAUGUAAGAUUGUCAAAAAGAACAGUGGGAGUAAAGCAAACCUUUAGAUUCAAUGUCCAAAUCUGGG